AUGGGUAAUCCUAGCCCAAAAAAACAGGCAUACAGGGUAAUAGAGGAGUUUCCAAACUCAAGUGAGGAAGACUGUGCUUCUGGUAGCAGUGAUGAGGAAUGGCUGCCAGUACAGACAGGUGCAAGCAGAAAAGUAGGUUCAAGCAGUGAUAGUGAAGGUGAGGAGUCUGGAAAUGUUGCUGAGGGAGUUGAGGCUGAGGAAGGAGAUGAAGCUGAUGAAGAAGAUAAGGCUGUUGAACCUGAGGGACCACCUUCCAGGGCCCAGGGGAAAAAAGCAAAAGAAAAGAGUGUCAGAAAUAUCUGGAAAGCUAAGGAUAACCAGUUUGAGGGAGACCUGCCUCCUUUCUUAGGAGAGAGCAAGAUGAAUGUUGAGGGUGCAGAUCCAAUAGGUUUCUUCAUGCAUCUUUUCACCCAGGAUAUGAUCAAUGACAUUGUACACAAUACAAACCUUUACUCUGUCCAGAAAGGAAAAGAGAAGCUGGCAUUGACCUCAGAGGAGUUCAAAACAUUUCUUGGAAUCAAUAUGGUAAUGUCAUAUGUCAGAUAUCCUAGAUCCAGAAUGUACUGGUCAUCAGAGACAGGACUUCGUCUUGAACUGAUAGCCGAUGCAAUGCCAGUGAACAGGUUCGAGCAAAUUCUUAGUUACAUGCACUUUGUUGACAACUACUCACUGGGCCCCAAAAAUGCUGACAGGUUUGUCAAAAUCAGACCAGUCUUGGAUGCACUCAAGGAAACCUUCCAAUCAGCACUUGACCCAGAAGAAUUUCAGUCGGUCGAUGAGAUGAUGAUUCCCUACAAGGGACGCCUGUCUAUCAAACAAUAUGUCCCCAAAAAACCCAAGCCCUGGGGAAUUAAGUGUGGGUGCGAGCAGGAUCCUCUGGGUAUAUGUACAACUUUGAACCCUAUCAAGGUCCAGCUGGGGGACGAGGCACUGGAACACCAAGGGAUCUAUGGCACUGGCACAUGUAGAAGCAACAGGCUCCAUGGAGCACAAGAAAAGCUGAAAAGAGAAAAGCAAAUGAAGCAAGAAGGAAGAGGAUCUGUCUCUGGGACAGAGACCAAUGCACAAAACAUCACUGUCACCCACUGGUUGGAUAGUUCAGUUAUUCACAUGGCCUCUUCCUGCACCGGCCUGUCCCCAACAGAUGUUGCACAGAGAUGGAGCAAAAAAGAGAAGCAAUUGCUCAACAUCCAAAGGCCAUUUUCCAUGAAGUUGUACAAUCAGCAUAUGGGUGGAGUAGAUCUCAUGGAUCAAUGUGUUGCCAUGUAUCCACACCGACGCAGAAACAAACGGUGGUACAUAAGAGUGUUCUUUCACUUCCUUGAUGUCACAACUGUGAAUGCCUGGCUCCUUUAUAGAAUGUCUGGAAAUGAAGCAAAGGAUCUGCUGCACUUUAAGGCGUCAAUAGCUCGUGCUCUUAUCAAUGCAGGAUCCAUGAAAAUACACACCAGAGGCAGACCCAGUGCCACUCCACCACGGGCAAAACGGAGAGCAGUGUCUAAGGCCCCCCCCCUGAGAUCCAGUAUACCCCUGGAAACCACUGGCCCCAGCUCAAGGAAGCAAAAAAUGCAGUGA